CUUGCGGAAAUACACUCAGAAAACGAAACAAGUCAAAAUAUUGUUACAGCUGAUCACGGGACCUUCAGAUAAAAAAGCACCUGCAGUCUUAGUUUGAUUUAAGAUUAUGGAAGAUGGCAGCUGUUGAUAUAAAGACUGAGGAUGAAAACCCAGAAAUUAGAAUCCCAAAGGAACAUGCUUCCCUUGAUUACCUACUAUCACAAAUACCUAAAAAAGCUCAAAAGGGGAUGCUUAUUCAGUGUGAUUUACAUAUUAUUUCCUUAGAUGCUAAUGAGUUUUUUAUUGCUCUCGGUUCCAAUGUUGGAGUUGUGUUUUUGUAUAACCGAAAGAACAAAGAAAUAGAAAGACUGAGGACCCAUUCCCACAAUGAUGUGAUAACAUGUGUUGCAAUACAUUCCGGGCUUGAACACCAGGUGGCAGUAGCUACACAGAAAGGGUUGAUCUAUCUAUUCCAGCUUCCGUCUGUGAUGCCAUCUCAAAGUAAACAGCUUCAACAAUUUAUAGUAAAAGACAUACAUAAAAGUGAAGUAACAAGUCUAUGUUGGAGUAUGAACGGUAUGAAACUAUUUGGUGGUGAUAAGAAAGGUCUUGUAUCCUGUACAGAAGUGGAUUUUUAUGCUGGAUUAUGUGAGACCAACAUUUGUUUGAUUGAGAAUAACAGUGAAAUUGUACAACUGAAUCAUGCUCAUAAAACUUUACUGAUCUCUACAAACCAAAGAUCUAUGUUAUAUCGAACAGAUACCAAAGUUUCACUGGUCCAGGUGGGACAGAAAGACAGAAAAAUAUUUGGAAAGUUUGGUGCCGUUUUUAUACCAGGACUUUGUAAACCAGAAGAUGCUGAAUUAUAUGCUUGUCGACCUGGUCUGCGUAUCUGGAAAUCCAAAAUGGAUGGUUCUGUCAUUAGCACAUAUCUGUUCAAAGAACUUAUGAAUAAACCUCAUCCAACAUUAGAACUGUUACCUUUUAAUAGAAAAAUAAGAAUGUUUCUGCCAGAAGCUCAGUUUGGGCCCUUGUAUUUGUAUAAAGAGAAAUAUAUUGUGACAUGGUCAGAUUCUAGUCUGUUUAUUUUGAAUAUGGACAAUACAUCUGUGAUAGGAGGAACAUUUCAUGUUGGGACAAUUCAAAACAUUGCUGUAACUAAUGACGAAAUAUUUAUCUUACGUAAAGAUACAGAUAGAAAUGUGAUAAGAAUAGCAGAGCGUCCUGAGACUUUGGCAGGUAAUACAUAUCAGAGGUUAGUGAAGGAUAAAAAUCUCCCAGAUUUUAUGUCUGAAGCUCCUAUAAAACACGAAAAAGCAGAAAAUACUCAAACAACACCAUCACCACUUAGAUUUAUUAAAGAAAAUGUGAUUGACAAAAUUAAAAAUUUAGAUGUAAUCUCAGAUAUUUCAGAUGGCACCAGUUCUGUCUCAAAUUUAGCUGACUCAGUGGAUAAACAUAUUGAACAGAAAGAGUUACCUCCCAUUGUGAAACUUGACAAUCCUGAUCUAAUGACGAUUGAAAUUUUCUCUGGAAUUCCUCCCAUUACGGAGUCUACUGACCAAAAUAUUACUUCACCUAUAAGACGAGAUAGAUUUAAUCCAUUUUCAACAGAUGAUUCACAUGAAUUUGAAGAUGACACUGAACUGGAUACUUCUAAUCUACCAUUGUGCAAUGAACCAAAGCCAGUUAUUCAUAAAUCUAGUCAUGAAACCAAAGCAGGGCAACACGAUUCUAAAGUAUCUUCUAAAGUAAAAGUGGAUGAUAGUUCUUCUGAACUGAAUUCUGGAUCACAUGACAGAAUUAGGUCUAUACCUAUCAAUACUCCAACAGAUGACAUUGCUGUCAGUGUGAAAACAAAGAAAAAGAAAAAGAAGAAAACUGAGAGCAAGUUGUCUACAAACAUCAAGCAUCAGGACCCUGACGCACUAUCCCAGAAUUCAAUAGAAAGUGAAGCUACCAGUGAACAUAUGUCAGACAAAGAAAAGUCAUCUGACAGUGCUUCAAAUGAUAAAGUAUCCAUGGAAACUGAAAAUAUACAUGUGGACAUUUCUGACAUCAUUGGCUUAAAGCCUUUAGAAAGUAACAGAAAUUACACAGAAGACAAUCAAUUAGAACAUGGAUCUGAUGGGCACAUAAUGAAUAAAGAUGAUGUUAAAAGCGUACGUGAACAGGAAUUACAUAAUAUUCAUGACAAAGAUGGUGUUGUUCCUGAUUCUGAAAAAGUUUCAACUGUGAAAAUUGCAGAAGUGCAGAUUAAUGAAACUAAAGUGAAGGAAAACUUACAAAAGUCUGAAUAUGUGCCAAAAGAGGAUAAAAUUAUGUCUAUGAAACAAGAGGAAAAACCGAAAAAUAACAAUGUAGGGUGUGUGGUAGAGAAAGACAUAGCAAAACCAAUUACAGAUAAUAUUACAAAAACAAAACAAGACAAUAAAGUAAAACUAAUCACAGAUAACAUUACAAAAACAAAACAAGACAAUAAACCAAAACCACAGCCAUCCAAACCAAUUGAAAAUAAAGCAGAAAGUUCCUUCACUGUAGAUGGUCUUUUCAAGGACAAUAAAUCUAAUCUAGAUAUUGCUGAAAAGGUUACGAAACAUCCCAAAAAGCAGAGUUCUUUGUCAAAACUUGAAAAAAAUCUUGCAAGUUUGGAAGAAGGUUUAGCUUUCUCAGGUUUUGAACAAACAAAUCAGUUCCCAAGGAAUAAUGAUGCUGCAACAAAAGAUAAAAAAGAAUCAUUUAAUGUAUCUCAGACAGAUUCUGGCAAUGAUUCAAUGCAUGAUGAAACUUUGUCAUCAGAAAGUAAUGUUACUGAAGAUAAGCAGAAAAAGGAAGUGGUACAAGUACCUUCCAAAGAUGUUUCUCCAAGUUCACCGCUUAGUGGUUCAAUUUAUCGGUCAAACAGUUCAUCUUGUGAUGAUUUUUAUACACAAUACAAUACUCCAGCAAAUACAACAUCAACAAGUGGUAGUGGACUUAGUGAAUGUUCUGAAAAUCCACUUUCAGGCGGUGAACUUGAAGAACCAGAGGAAAUAUUUGACAAUAAAACUGAAAGUGUGAAAGUUUGUGAUCCAGAUAAUGAUAAUAUGAAUAAAUCAAGCAAGGUAUUCAAUACAUGGACAGAAGUUGUGACAUCUGGCAAUUUGCUCAGUCUUGUUGUGUCAGAUUUACACAUAUGGUGUACUGACAGAAGCUCAAAUAUUUGGUACAGUAAUAUAAAAUCUCCCGGCAUCAAAUGGGUGAAAGCUAACGGUUACGCAAAACAGAUUUCUGUUUCUACCUCAGGAAUGAUUGUAUGGAGAGUAUAUAAGGAUACAGUUUAUGCUGGUACCAAAAUCACAUCAAAACAUCCAGAAGGCAUGAAGUGGGUUGAGGCAAUCAGAGGGGUUCAGUCAGUGUCUGUGGACAAUAACUGUGCUUGGUAUAUCAAGUCUAAUGGUGAAGUAGCAAUACAGAAAGGAUUAUCAAGGGACAGACCAUGUUAUAAAUCUACACUUAUAGAGUGUUCUUCAUACAAAUUACAACACAUAGUUUGUAGAUCAGGGGUGGUAUGGGCCAUCACUGACCAGUGUAAGCUAGUAUAUAGAGCUGGAGUAAAGAGAAAUUGUCAGGAAGGAAAGGAAUGGGCUGAAUAUGUCAAUGCAGAUGGUAUGAUGUUUUCCUCUGUUUCAUUUGGAGAUGGUAAUUUGGCUUGGGCUGUUGAUGUUCUAGGGAGAAUUUAUUUCAUGACAAAUGUUUCCAUGGAAACACCAUUAGGAGAUAACUGUUGGUGGCAGGUACCUAUUAAUAAUGAAAUAACUACUACUGAUUACACUUUAAUUGAUGGCAUCAAGUCACUAGCCAAAGUAUUUGAUCCUCAAAAGCUGGCAGAUUUAAUUGGUACCCAAAGGGGUGGACUGAUAGCAGCAGGGACAGAAGGCGUCUGGGUUUGUCCUGAUUGUAAAUAUACAUUACAGCUAUGCAGAGGAUCAAUGGAAGGUCACUGUUGGGAUGGUGUUUUUCUGACUGGCAUUGUUGCUUCUACAGCUUGGAAAUUGAUUUCAGUGGCAGCCAUUCAUUUAGAGUGGGGUUUAAUUUGGGCUCAGCAACCAAAUGGUGAAAUAUUUACAUUCACUCCAACCAAAAAGAAAAUUAGGACAGAGGAGAGACCCCCAAAAGGACAGUUUGUGUGUAUGAGUGUAUGUGAGGAGGCUGUAUGGGGCCUGAAUGAGGAUGGAAAGGUGUACAUACGUAGUGGCAUUGCAGAUCAUUGUCCCGAGGGUGCCAAGUGGUGUGACCUGGAUCUGAAACAAUUAGGUGAUGCCCAUUUAAUCCAUCUGUCUUGUGGGUCUAGGAAUGUCUGGGCUAUUGACAGUGAUGGUGUAGUAUACCAAAGAAUAGGAGUAAAGGCACCUUCAACUCAUUCUUUACAGGCUGCCUGGUUACCAGUAGACUCUGGACCAUCAGGGACUACAUUUAUACAAGUCUUCACUGGACCUUCAGACCUUUAUGUGUGGGCUAUAGAUAAUAGAAGGCAGACUUAUGUCAGGAUUGGAAUUACAGAUGACAUGCCUAUAGGAACAGCAUGGAUUCACAUCCCUGGCAUUCAAGCACAAGAGCUUGCUCUUAGUAAUACAUUUCUGUGGGCCUUGGACCCAAAUGGAGAAGUUCUUUGUCGUCAUAAUAUAACUAAAGAUAAUCCAGGUGGAGACUACUGGAGAAAGAUUCCAGGAAUAUUUGUCCAUAUCUCAUGUUCUGUCAAUGACCAGUUGUGGGCAAUAAGCCGUGAAGGACAGAUUUUCUGUAGAAAAACAAGAUAUCUAUUACGCAAAGAAUUGCCACAGGAUGCUCAAAAAGGCAGAAAAUCAUCAAAUUUAUCCAUCAGUGAAGACUGGGAAUUAGUGUAAAAAAUUUACUUUAAAUGAAAUUAAACUUUUUUUCAUAAGCAUAAUAAAUUAAAUUUCAAUAUUUUUGUGGAAAAGUGAAUAUUAAAAAUUUAGGUGGUUCUAAUUUUUAGAAAGGAACAAACUGUUGUUAUGAAGAACUUGUUGUUCAGAUUUGUUGAUAAUGUAAUUACUGACAGGUAUAAGGUAAUUAUUCUAGCUUUUUCUGUAAAUAAGUAAAAUCAAGACUUUAAAAUACAUAAAUGGUUGUCAAAAAAUAAAACUGCCUAAAUUUAUUACUGGUCAAGGACCAACACACAUGGCCUGUAAUUUAUGCAGAAACCAAAUGUGAGUCUGUAAUCAUAAAUUAAGGCCUUGAAAACUUUGUGAAAAAAAUUUGAAACUAUUUUUGCUCAAGAAUAUUUAUGAAAAAGUGAAUUUCUAAUGGUAACAGUAUGUUUGUUUUCUGAUCCAUCUAUACUAUAAUUUCUAUAGAUUGUCUAUAAAUCUACUUAACAUAUCAUGUAUAUUUAUCAUUCCAUGAUUAAUUUUAUAGGAAAGAGAACUAAAUAUUUGUUUUAUUUUUUUUCUCUUUAAAUCUCUUCUGGAAAUACUUUUUCACUAUUUAAUAUAUCAUUUGUUAUAGAAGUUAUUAAAAUCUUGCUGUUGAAUGCGUAGAAUUAUUUUCCUUAAUUUAUGUU